CACACGCGGGAAACAAAUAGCUUUUAGGUGUGCUGGCUUUUGUAUCUCAUUUCACUUAGUACUGUUUUCACAGUGCCUGGUGCAGUUAUCUAAAGAUCUGCCGCAAUCUGGUUCGACCGCGAUUUCAAAUCUGCUGAUGCUAUGGAGAAAAUUAGCAUUUUGUUAGUAUUGUGCCACCCCUUUUUCUUCCACGACAUCAUAGUUGGGGGUGAGAUAUGCAGCUCUGCUACGUAUUAUGACCUAAGCACAAAACGCUGUGAACUUUGCCCGGCUUGUGACCCUGGAGAAGAGCACACAAGAAACUGUGGACAUAAUGAAAUGGGGGCGAAGACGGGUCAUAUGUGUAAAAAGUGUCGUACAGGAUUUUUCCAGGACAAGAAAUCUACCAGGGGCUGUCCUCGCUGCCAGUCGUGCAGUGAUGAUGAAGUUCAAAUAGAACCAUGCACGGCGAUUAGCGAUACUGUUUGUGCCAAUGAAUGUCCCAAAGGGAAAUAUGAAGUUGAUAAAGUAUGUCGUCCAAUCCCACCUACUACUGUACCGGUGACUACACCAGUUACCUCACCGUCGACCACAGCGACGACAAAACAGGUCUCGAGCCAGAAGACUGAGAUAACACUGCCGUCAAAAUCGACAACAUCAGCCUUUUUUCCGACAGAACCUAAAAGUGAUAAUGAACCAGAAGCCUCGCAGAAGGGAAGUUCCGAAAGACGCUUUAGUAAACCUGGCUGGUUGGUUUUCUUCUCUCUGAUGGGAUUCGUGUUGGGCACUGCCUUAACCAUUGUGACAUUUCGCAAACGGAAACAAAUUACAGCAUUGUGUCGUGUGCCUUGCCGUAAGUAUCGAGAAUUGUCGUCCGAUCAUGAUGUCGAACGUGGUAUUUUGUCGGCUCCCCAGACAGUAGAAGAUCAUUAUGCUGAACCGGCAGAUCAUAGGACAAACAAAGCUGAACCUUUCUUUCCUAAAGACGACGCAGUAUCACCAGCGGCACAGUCACCCUUUCCUUCUACCGAGCUAAGAUAUCCCAGGUUCGGACAGACAAAGGAGAUCGACGAGGAAAAGAGGCAGUGUGCCUGUUCCAUAAAUGAACCAGAUCUACUCAUGGACGAGAAGGGACACUAUUCAUCCUCCGAAGAUCUGCAGUCUUUCCAGCACGGAAGACAAACUCCAUCUGGCAGAAGUUCCUCAAACCCUUCAACCCCAGGAGCAUCCUCUCGAAAGGGUGCAACACCUGUUUGUGGGGUGUCCACCGAGAACAGUGCCGCUGGAUAUUCAUCGUCUUCAUCGUCACCUUGCUUUCCCUCUCGUGCGUGGUUGCGUGAUGCGGUUUACAACUCCUCUUCAUCUUCAAUAAAUGAGACGUCAAGUCCUUCAGGUUGCUUGUCGCCAAAUCAUUGUUGUAGAUUGCCUCGUUCCGCAUCAAAUUCUCCACGUAUGACUCCUCAGGGCCAGUCCACUGAUCAUUCAUGUAGUUACGUGACAUCUUCUACAUUUUCCCCUUGUGCAACACCUCAGCGUGGACGGUCGCCUAAUCCCCCUUCCAUAUCAAGUAGCCAGGUCUAUUCCGAGUCUUCGGAAGAACCGGAAAUCUCCAAUCAGAGUAACGAUAGUUUUCCGAUGAGCAUCGAGGCCUGUGAUGAGAAGCACAACACGGCACUGAGAAGCGUAAAUAGCGGCCCCGCUAAGCAAAACAAAGGCAUCAAGGGGAACUCUAAUGGAUGGAAAAAAGGCAGCAAACCGAAGAAAGAUCUGGUUUGUUCCUGUGGACAGGAUGUGGAUUUUAAAGAAGUUCCUCCGUUAAGUCGAAACCACACCGAGGCGGUUGCAGACAGAGGGAAAGAUCCACGCUUGGUCGGUUACACUGAUAAAAGCGCUAACUCUGUCACUGCAGCAAAAAUCGGGAAAGAAGUAAAAGAUGACGAGACAGCACAGGAAAGCGAAAACGCCAAGAGUACGGUCGAUGAAUGUAAGUACAAAAAGAUUUGCCGCAAACACGAAGUCGAGCAUCGCUGUCGAGAUUGUUGCCCACAAUCGAGUGAUUUAUUUUUUUCACUCAUCAACAAUGACCGGCCCUGCCUCAAAGAACCAAUCUGUACAGAGCUUAACAAAAACAACGAUUAUAGAAACUUGCUUAUUUGGACCAGGAUGGAUGCUGAAAUUAAGGAGACGUUUGAAGGAAGUCAAAAUCCGGCGGAGCGUGUCUUAGAAAGACUGAAAGCUCGGCGUCCAAAGCUGACGCUUGGGGAGUUUCAGGAUAUGCUAGCCAAAAUUAAACGCAAUGAUAUAGCACACAUUAUACAUACCCACCAUUUUACAUGUAAUCUUUGUAGGAAAAAUAGUUUCGAUUCAAGGAGUUAGGUUAUUAGAUGACCACUUAGGGCUGGACAUUUUUUUAACAGUUUUUAGUUAGCUGUACCGACACCAAAAACAAAGAGGCAUAGAGUGCUUCUCAAUUAAUUGUUGAACGCAAUCCGUGAUUGCAUUGGUUUUGAUUAACAAAGCUUUGUAAUUGGUGUAGAAAACUUUGUUCACCCUCUCAACCAAUCAGAUCCAAGCCAGAACUGAUUUCGAUCCAGUCACUUCCGCCUCUCAGCGUUUCAGUUGAAUUGCAUGUUGAAAUAUUAAGCUUUGAAUUCCUUCAACUGAAAAUAUUUCUUGGCUCUGGUUGAUAGUUCAAUGGUAUUUAUUUACGACAGUCAAGUGAAAUGCGUUCUACUUCGGCCGAUGAGAAAAAAUUGAAGAAAUAUAUGACACUGACGCUUGUACAGGAGAAGAUCCAGACCCAUCAUUGGAUUUGUUCGGUUGAGAAGUUUUCAUU